ACUGGCGGAUUGGCUGCGGCGUUGUGUGACGAUGGGAGGCCGGGUGUGGGGCCGCCCAUAAUAAAAUACCAGGAAUUGGAAGGAGAAUAAGGUUAUAUUGGCCGGGACGGAAUAAGAGGCAUUAGACGCUGCUGGCUGAGUGACACUGAGCGCCUACAGGUAGCAGCACGGAGUCUCGGACAUGUUUCCCCUGGACUCUUCCUGGAACAUCUCCUUUGCUGGCUGCGGCUUCCUGGGAAUAUACCAUAUCGGGGUGGCCAGCUGCCUGAAGGAACACGCACCCUUCCUGGUGGAGAAUGCCAGAAACAUCUACGGGGCUUCUGCCGGUGCCCUCACUGCCACAGCUCUAGUCAGCGGUGCCUGCCUGGGAGAAGCUGGGGCAAAUAUUAUUGAUGUCUCUAAGGAGGCAAGGAAACGGUUCCUGGGCCCUCUGCAUCCAUCAUUUAACCUGGUCAAGAUCAUUCGGAACUGCCUUUACAAGACACUGCCCGAUGAUGCACAUGAGCAUGCCACCGGGCGGCUGGGCAUAUCACUGACACGAGUGUCUGAUGGGGAGAAUGUGCUGCUGACACAGUUCAACACCAAGGAAGAGCUUAUACAGGCAAAUGUGUGCAGUACAUUCAUACCUGUAUACUGCGGACUCAUCCCCCCAUGCCUGCAAGGAGUAAGGUACGUGGAUGGUGGAAUUUCUGACAACCUGCCUCAGUAUGAGCUGAAGAAUACCAUCACCGUCUCCCCCUUUUCGGGCGAGAGUGACAUUUGUCCACGCGAUGGCUGCACCAAUAUCCACGAGCUCAGAGUCACCAACACCAGCAUUCAGUUUAACCUCAGUAACUUGUACAGGCUGUCCAAGGCCCUGUUCCCUCCUGAGCCUCAGGUGCUGAAAGACAUGUGUAAGCAGGGGUACAGAGAUGCUCUACAUUUCUUAAAGAGGAAUGGGCUGCUGGAUCAGCCGCGGCCUAUGAGGUGCCUGCCCCUGCCGGCUCCUGCCAUUCUGGCCAAUCAGAAUGAAGAGAACAGUGAAAGGGAAGAGCAGGCUGCAGAAGUGAUCACUGUAGAGGAGGCUGAGGAUCAUGUGUUUGAGCAUCUUCCCCAGAGACUAAACCAGGCUCUCUUGGAGGCCUGUACAGAGAAGCGCAGUGUCUACUUAUCAAUAUCCAACUUGCUGCCUGUUCGCUUAGCAUCUGCCAUGAUGCUGCCAUACACUCUGCCCCUGGAAUCUGCACUGUCCUUCACUGUCAGGCUUCUGGAAUGGCUUCCUGAUGUCCCAGAAGAUAUCCGGUGGAUUAAAGAUCAAACCCGCAAAGUAUGUCACUAUGUGCUGAGGAACGCAAAGAAAAGACUGGGGAGCCACAUAUCAGCCAGGCUCUACUACCAUCUGGAAUUGAGGAGAUCUCAGAGCCUUCCUGUUCCAUUGGUCCUUGGUGCCAGCGAGUCUUUGCCUAGAUGGCUGAGGAGCAAUACCUCUCUAAUGGACAUGAUGCAGAAAUGGGAGGACUACCAAAGGCAGUUGAUGCCCGGACUCUUCUGUAUCAACGUAGACAUGCAAGCCACACUGUACCACCAUCAACAACCACAGAAGUCUGAGAUCUCCAUGGACCCUAACAGUCUAGUGAUGGUGGAGGUGACCAAAGCAAAUAGCUUGGAGACGUUGUGAAAACCAUGCUUUUAAAUGGAUGCCAAUUAUUUUAUGUCCAUUUUUGGUUUUGGACCUUAUCUACUAGUGGUCUUUUUUUUUAUCAAGUGAUAUUCAUUUGACUUGGGUCACUCAUGGAUGUAGUUCCCUGAGGUAAAUUGGUGAUGUAAGCUCAUAGUAAUUCAGUUUGACCAAUUCUCCUUGGGCCUAGCAUGUCCAUAUCUGGGAAAACCGGUAAUGUUUAAGAGGUUGUGUAAACACAAUCCAGGUGCCCACCGAGUAAGUAUAGCUAUGGUCUUGUGGGACCAGAUUGGGAUAGACACAAAGAGUACAGAGUGAGUGUUGCUAUGGAGAAGAGAUUCUGUGGCUGUGAUAUUUAGCUGCCAUAAUGGUGCAGAAAUAUUACUUUGAUGUUACACAGAAAGGAAAUGCAGGGGAUCUUAGUAAAUUCAGUGGAAGGAAAAAGACAUUGUACAUUUCAUAAUACAAAACAAAUGUAUGUCUGAGCUCUUAUUAGAGCUCAGACAUACAUUAUCAUACAUAGAGAAAGUGAUAACAAAUGCUUUCAUAUAUUUUCAAUGUUAACCUUUGACUACAUAAAAUGAGAUCUAGUAUCCUCAUUAUUAUUUUAUACAAGUCUGUCACUUGUAUAAAAUGAUAGCCAAAUUUACGUUUAAGAGGCAAGGAAUCGUAGUAGAUUCCUUAGAGGGUUGGGGUUAAAAAUAUCAGUGCCUAGGGCAAAACCGACUAGGGCCCAUAGCAUUACAGAGGACCUGUUGUCAGGUCCUAUGAUGUAAUUUUAUUGCCUUACAACAGAAAGCCUUUGGCACUAUAUAGUCACUCCCACGCGAACGUUAAUCCAGCAUGUUUUUCCCUCCAGAGCACACAGUAGGAGUGGCUGUUUUAUAAAGCAGAGGGAGCAUAGUGUUUCCUAAUUAGCUGGACUCGGAAGGCGAGUCGGCAUGUCAGCAUAGAGAGCUCUAUCUCAGACUGGCUUCCUCUUACCUCAUAGCUCUCAGGUCCUAAUAACAUUACUGUUUCACAGCAAUUUUUUUAAGAAUUUAUGUUUCGCCUUAAAAAAAUCUGAAAAACCUUUUCUUUAUUUUUGCUUAAGUGUUUGGAUAAAAGAAUGUUUGAGAGGUAAAAGUAUGUAAUUACUUUGUUGAUGUAGAAGAUAAAGGAAGGACCAGCUUCUGAAGGAAACGUACGUUGGAUUAUUUAGGUUGGUAAAUUCUGCAAGUUAUGGAAAAUGUCAGCGGCUUUUGUUGCUCACAGAAAGUGAAGCAUUUUCCUAUUUUACAUACAGUGCAGGGAUUCAGGUUAUUUCAGGAUAAUUUUUCUUUAAUUUUGAAUAACUUAUAUAAAAAAGGCACUUAGUGAGCUGUUUGAGACUUCCAAAAAAGCCAAUUGUUCAUUACCAACCAAAUUUUGAUUUAUCAGAAAUUGUGGGUAAUAUUAUAGGACAUUUUAUAGUUGCUUCUAACUUUGGAAUUGUAACACAUUUACAUACAAAAUCAGUAUUUUUAAAUACAAAUUUUAUUUUCCCUACUAAUUUAAUUUUUUUUUCUGUUUAGAAACUAAUUAUUUUAUGCCGUGUACAAAUGUACUUCUCUUCAUUCAGUCUAUAGUAUUUUCAUAUAUAUAUAUAUAUAUAUAUAUAUAUAUAUUAACUUAUAUAUAAUGUUUUUUUCAUGAACCUCAGAAUGGGUGAUAAUGAGAAGGAUUUCACCUCAGGGACUCCAGUUCCCAAAAUAUUCUCUUUCUACCUCAGUCACAACCAUUGCUGCUUUGUUUCACCAAUGAAACAAAAUCACUGUUGUGGUCAAUAUAAUGUGGUUAUAACAUGGCGUAUAGAUUUUUAUAGCAGGGUGGAAAUAGUACAGAAUAUUUAAAGAUCUGAGUGUUUCCCAGGGAGAAAUAUUUUGAACUUUGACUGCUCUGCAGGGAUCUGUAUGUCAGGUGUUGCUUAUCUCGGAUUCUGUUGUGGAAUAGAAAUGCCACUUCAGUGCAGACUCCCAAAAGAGAACUUACAUACCGAUGCUGAGCUGGACAAUUAUGUGAUUAAAAAAGCUCUAAAAUAUACAUGUAUCAUUUGUUGAGUCAAUGGGAACAGUGCAAAUUUGUGUAUCUCACGCUAAAGAAACGGACGUAUGCCCUACUCACCAUUGGCCCUUAGUUCCUUUAAAUAUUGGAAUAAGCCUUUUCAACGGCUCCAUAUUAUUAUUAAUGCAUGUGUGCAUUAAUGUGUUUCUCUCUAGAAUUCUCAGUAGGUGCAGAUCUUUUUUCCAGGAUGUACUUGUUUGACUUAAGCUACGUUAUUUAGUUUUGGCUUAAUAGCUGUGCUUCAUGCUGGUGUACUUUCACAGCUAGCUAUCACGAGGAACCAGAGUUAAAUGUCAAAUCAGCAGUUUGCAAAGUCAGCCCUCCAAGCCUAUAUGUAUUGCCGUUUUUGCGUUAGCCUCUCACCUUUAUAAGGUUGCUUGGAUCAGAGAAAUAGUCAUUUUUAUAGAUCACUCACUCAACUUGCCAAGAAAUCUGUUUAGUGUGAGUUGAUGCUAAAAAACUAACACUGCGUUGUAGCCUAAUGCCUAUGUGGCUGGUCGAUUUAGUCAUUUCAUAUAUUGGUGCAAUGUAUUGGCUGAACUUUGUACAGCAUGUAACCACAGAAGUCAGUUUAGAUUUUGUGCUGCAGGAUUAGACAGCCAAGUGUGCCAGUUACCUAUAUUGACAAGUGUUUAAGGUCUUUGGUUGUCAUGCACAUAUGUGGCAGGCUUUCCAUUGCAUCCUGGUGUUGAAGGGAUGCCAAAUUAUUGUAACCAUUCGCUUUUACUGUUAAGUAUUAAGUCCUUAGGAAAGUGUUGUCAUAUUCCAGAAUUUUAAUGUAAAAACAUCUUCGAGAAUAAAUUGAAGCAGUAACCUUUGUUUCAAUACCUGAGUGGGAACUGUGAAGAUAUUAAUUGUAGCGGUCUCUAUUGGUAUCUAUGGAGCACUAAGUACAACAGAGAGAAUCAUUCCAUAAAUUCCAAUCUAUUAAAUCAAUAAGGAGGCCGGCUACAAAUGUCAUGUAACUCUGGGUCAGGCAUUCAAAUAUCGCAUAUUAUUGCCUCAUUCAUUUCUAAGAAGGCUAGUUGUUAUUUUAAAGAGUCUACUGAAAAUGACCUGCUUUCAUUGUUAUCUGGUGCACAUACAUUAUGACAAUACAGAAUACAGGAGUACAUCUAUAAGAUUACACCAAGCAGCCAUAUAGAACAUUGAUACUUAGCAAUCUUUUGUGAUGUGCCACAUUUUCUAUUGCCAUUUACUAUGCAGCCUGUAGGAAGUGAGGAACUACAGUACUAUGCAUAUAACUAAGUAUUUAAACAUAGGUGUGUGUGUGUGUAAGACAUACGGAUUUACCUGUGCUGUAAUAUAAAUGUAUAUAAACAUUGCAUUUGCUGCACUUUCUUCUUGUUUGACUGCCAGCUGUAAAAAUGUAACAAAAAUUGCUUUUAUAUAUGUAUAGAAAUAAUAAAUUUUUUUGAUUGCAUACGG